AUGGGUAUUUAUAAGACAAUUAACGGCCAAUUGUUGGCCAUUGUUAUCAUUGUAUUGUGUAUUGUACACAACCGGUCGAUUAGUAGCAGCACCGGUAGUAAUAGUAGUAGUAGUAAUAGUCAACAAACCAAUACUAUCCAACCAAACCAUACUAAUAAUAAUAAUCAUAAUUUGAUUACCGACUACUCGGACACCAAUGGUUGCAAUAAUAUAACGACUGUCCUAAACAACAACAACAACAACAAAAACACAGACCUACAAACAAAUACUACUACUAAUAAUGAUAACAACAAAAUGGACACAAAUAUCGGCAGCCAAUUAGCGGCGGCCAAUACGACUGAUUGUCCGCCGGCACUAAUAUCGGCCGUAAUGUCCGCAAAGUCGGUACACGUAUUGUUUCGCGAGUGCGCCGACAAUUGUAACCGUUUGUGUCGAUACAAACGGUACGCCAUAAUCACGUCCCGGCGCGACAUUAGUAAACGUAUUAACGGCUGUCGUAAAAGUUGUUCACGAAAUAGGUGUCGACUUCAUAGCCUGCAAAACAUGAAUGCCGAACAAAGUGCCCAACUAUUGACCGAAACUUAA